GUCAAUACUUGUCAAAGCCUUAACGAUGUUAAAUAAUCUGGAACGAGCUGCAUUACCUAACAUUUCAAGGCCACCAGCACCAGCGGAGAAACAAAAGGAGAAUCAGGUGACAGCAGAUAAUGCUGCACAAUGCUCGGUCACCUCCAUCUACCAUGCCAACAUUGCAGACUUAUAUCGCAAAGUAACAGCCACAUGGUCCAAAAUCCUUGCUAACCAUUCUUUUAUUAUCAAUGUAGAAAACCCUUCAGAUGAUCAAAGUCGUUGUACCUGCAAGAUUGAUUUAAAAGCAUGGCAAUUUUGGGGAAGAAAAGGUCUCAAAAGCUUGGAAGUAGAUGCCAAUCGGGUAGACAUUUACUGGGAUUUUCGACAGGCAAAGUUUUCUGGCAUUUGCCCUGAGCCCUGCUCAGACUAUUAUGUGGCAAUUGUGUCUGGGGAAGAAGUGGCAUUAGUUCUAGGAGAUAUGAAAAUAGAUGCUUUUAAGAGAACCAAUAAAAGACCUUCCUUGAUAGAUCCUACCUUGAUGUGCAAGAAAGAGCAUAUUUGUGGGAAGAAAUUAUUUUGUUCCAAGCUCAAACUAGAUGAGGGGAAACAUGAGCAUUUUAUUAUGAUUGAGAACUCUCUAUGUGGUUCUGAUGAUCCUGAAAUGUGGGUUUGCAUAGAUGCCACUACUGUGAUUCGGAUUAUGAACUUGCAUUGGAGGUUUAGGGGAAAUGAAAUUGUCACAGUGAACAAAACACCUAUACAAAUUUUCUGGGAUGUGCAUGAUUGGUUAUAUAAUAACUCUGGUUCAAGCCAUGGCUUGUUUAUUUUCACGCCAGGCGCACCAGAUUAUUCUUCAGUUCAUUCUGACUCUGACUAUAGAAACUCCAUCACUGGCGAUGAUGGCUGCCACAUAUAUGACGUACCAAGGGAAAGCCAAUCAAUUCCAAAAUUUUGCUAUGUUCUAUAUACUUGGAAAAUUGAGUAG